UAUAUUAAAUAAUAUCAAAUAAUAUUUAAAGAAUGAUUAAGCUUCGUUAUUUUUUUACUAAUAUCCAUAAAACUAAAGCAUAUGAAAAUCUGAUGAAAUAAUAAAAAGCAUAAGUAGAUUUAGUAAAGGAUUAUAUGAACAAGAUGAAGAAUGCAAAAUCGUAAAUACUAUGUUUAUAAAAAGGGAGGAAGAAUUAAUCAAGUUGAAAUACUAAUCAUAAAGUUAAUUUUAAGAAUUAAAAAGUUCACAAACUGAAAUUAUAGAGUAAAUUAAAAAUGAAAAAAAGAAAAAUUUUGAAAAACACUUAAUUAGUAUGGAAGUAGAUCCUGAAGAUAUAGAAUUACUUUACAAAGGAAAAUAGAAAUAAAAUAAAGAUGAAAUAAUAGUUGAUGAUGAAAAGCCAUAGAAUACAACUUAAACAUAAGAAUCAACUAAAAUAAAUGUACCUAAUAAUUUAGAAAUCAGAAAUUUAGCAUCUCCAAUAAGAUCUCAAGGACAUUUUAUUUUAUUUGGAGUUUAAAAACACAAUGCAUAACAUUCUUCAUAUAUUUAUGGUAUAAAAUCAUUAUAAUUAUAUAAGAUGCUCUUUUUAAUUUAAAACCAUAAGUUAUUUUAAGUGAUAUACCUGUAGAUGAUCCAUUUUUUAUUAAAACAGAAGGUAAUUAUAAAUAAACUUGGAAAUCAUUUAUAGAAAAUAAACUCACUCCAACAUUUCUUAUUAAUCCAUCACCUAUGAGCUUAUCAGAUAUUCAUUUACAUUAAAAUAAAAUUAAAUGGAUAUUUGAAAAUAAUCUUUCUAAAAACUCAUAAUUUAUUAUUAAUCCAACUAAUAUUAGCGAAAUAACUAAAUCUAUAUUUAAUAAUAAAAUUGAAAUCAUAGAUAUAUUGAAAACUCCAUUUUUAUUUAGUUAUCAUCAUUCAACACCUAUUAUAAUAAAUGGAUAUCCUGAAUUAAAUUACAGAUAUUAUUUGGCAGAUAAUUGUUAAUUAACCAAUUUAAAAGACUUAUUAAAAGAAAAAAGGUUAGCAAGAUAAUAGAAAAGAAGAAAUUUUGAUCCUUUUUUAUUAUCUCCAGAUUUAUUUAUUUUACCAAAAAUUAAAUUUAUGGUUGAAAUUAUUAAAACGUGUAAUUAUUUAUAUUAAAUAAUAUUUAGCUUUAACAUCAUAUAGUAAUGGAAUUAUUAUUACAGAAUCUAACAAAAUUAAUUAGAUUGAAGAAGAAUGGGAAAAAUCUUCUCAUCAAAAUAUUUCUACAGAUUUAAGAGAUUGCAUUUAUCCACUUUAGCCAAUUAAAGAAGCAGACGAAUUUAUCAAGAAAUUAAUUAUAUUAGAUGAACUUAUCUCCCCAUACAUUUACAAUAAUUUUGUUUAAUAUAAUAGUUUUCCUUAUUAAUUUGAUGCAGCAUUCAAAAUAAGUCUUCAAUAAUUUUGGGAUUAUGAAAGAAAUAAAAUAUUAAAAUGA